CUAGGGUUUCUGCUUCUCUUAGUUUCUCUUUCACUAUUUCCUCCUGACUUUUAAAGAACUCAUUUUAAUUGCUCGUUUUAAGCCCAAUAUUACUGCGUGUAUCUGAUCCAAAAGCUACGUGGUUGUUUUUCCUUAAAUGUCUCUUUAAUUUACUGGUUUACAUCAGUUUAGUUUUCUUCACUUUAAUCUGUUUAUGCAUAUUUAGUUUUUGUGUGAUUUCCCGGUUUUUUAGUUCAAGUUUAAGAUUGUAUGUAAUAUAUAAGCUUGUUUGUAAGGUUUUUUAUUUGUUUGCUAAUUCAGCUAGGCUUUUAGGUUUUCAGCUUGAUUUUGUUAUAAUAUUAUUUUGACUAACUGUUUUCGGCUUGCGUGUGCUUUUGUGCUUUUGCUGGAAAGUGUGUUGUAACGGCCGUUGCUUUUCUUUUGAUGAUCUGGGAUUCUGAUCGAGUGCAAUCAUUCACUAGAUGAUUAUUGGUUAUACUGGCUUGAGUUCUGAAUCUGGUGAAAAUAUGGCAAAGAAGAAGAAUCCUUUAGUUUUUAUGGAUGUGUCGGUAGAUGGUGAUCCUGUUGAAAGGAUGAUUUUUGAGCUCUUUCCUGAUAUUGCUCCGAAAACUGCAGAAAAUUUCCGUGCCCUUUGUACAGGAGAAAAGGGCAUUGGUCCUAAAACUGGAAAACCAUUGCACUACAAGGGUUCCUUUUUCCAUCGUGUUAUUAAAGGUUCCAUGGCCCAGGGUGGUGAUUUUGUGAGAAGAGAUGGAACUAGUGGGGAAAGCAUAUAUGAUGGGAAGUUUCCAGAUGAAUUGCCCAGGCUAAAGCAUGACGGACCUGGUCUUUUAUCUAUGGCAAUUGCUGAUCGUGACACUGUAGGUUCACAAUUCAUUAUCACCUUCAAGGCUAAUCAUAAUCUUGACAGAAAAUAUGUAGUUUUUGGGAAGCUUGUGCAAGGAAAUGAGGUGCUGAAGAAAAUUGAAAAUGUGGGUGAUGAGGAAGGAAUACUAACCGUAACAGUGAAAAUAAUUAAUUGUGGUGAAGUUGGUGAAGAGAAAAAGAAAAAUAAGUUGAAAACAGGAAAAGAUGCUUCCUCUGAUGCUAACAGUCAUGAAGUGCGAAGGAAGGGAAAGCAUAAGAAAUCUUCAAGAGACAAAAGGAAGAAGAGAAGAAGAUACUAUUCAUCUGAUUCAGAGAGUUCCUCAGACUCUGAGACAGAAUCAUCUGAAUCUGAAAGUGAUUCUGACUCAUAUCUGUCAUCAUCCUCUGACAUUAGUUCUUCAAGUGAUGACAGGCAUAAAAAGAGGAAGAGAUCUUCAAAACGAGAAAAAUAUAGGCGUGGAAAAAGACGAGAUAGACGGCGUGACAAAAAGAGAAAAAGGCGUGAUAAGAGAUCAAAGCGUAGAUCAAGAAGGGCUUCUGAUAGUCUUACAGAUGAUGACAGUGAGAGUAAAGGUGAAAGCAGCACUGAUAAUGAUGUUGAUGUGCAAGGAAAAGCGCAGAAGCAUAAAGAGCUUUCUCAGAAAAGUGUUGGGAGUCAAUCCCCUUCACCUGUCGAGAAAGAAAUUCGUCUGAGAAAAAGGGAAGAUGCUGAUUUGCUUUCAAAGGAGCAUGAAGCUCCCAAGGAAAAUGGAGGGCGACGGAGCAAUGGCAUUGAAAUAGAUGCUCAAUCUGACAGAAGUGCAGAUAGACAACCUGAUGUGGUAGAUGAUCACCCAAGCAAAUCUAGGAGUCGAAGCAUGAGUCCUAAAAGGGCCAUGAGUAAGAGUAUGAGUAUUAGUCCCAGGAGGAGUCCAAGCCGGAGCCCAAGUCUUAGCCCAAGGCGAAGUCUGAGCAGGAGUCCCCCACGUUGUCCAGAAAGAGGUGUAAGCAAGAGUCAGAGUCCUGUUAGAAGUAGGAGCAGGAGCCCUGCUAGAAGUGUCAGCAGAAGCCCUUUGAGGGGUAGAAAGAGUAGAAGCUUCAGCAGGAGCCCUGUUAGAGCACAUUCUCGAAAAAGCAUUAGCAGGAGCCCUGUAAGGUCUCGGUCUCGAAGAAGUCUGAGUAGGAGCCCUCCCAGAUCAACAAGAAAAUCAAUUAGUAGAAGUCCUGUUAGACUUUCAAAAAGAAGCAUAAGUAGAAGUCCAGCGAGAUCUUCUCGGAGAAGCAUUAGCAGAAGUCCUGUAAAAUCUGCUCGGAGAAGCAUAAGCAGAAGCCCUGUGAGAUCGUCUCGGAGAAGUGUAAGUAGGAGCUCUGGCAGGGCUCCUCCAAGGAGAAGCAUCAGCAGAAGUCCGUUAAGGGAACCAAGUAAGAAUUAUCGUCAUAGUUAUUCAAGGAGUCCUGCCAGGGCCCCUCCAAAGAGAAGCAUCAGCAGAAGUCCAUUAAGAGAACCGAGUAGAAAUUAUCGUCGUAGUUAUUCCAGGAGCCCCACCCCUGCACGGAGGGUGAGGUCACCCCCUUCCAAUCGAGGUAGAAGUUUAUCAAGAAGCAUUUCCCCUGAUGCAUCACCUAAGCGCAUCAGAAGGGGUCGGGGUUUUAGUGAGCGCUACUCCUAUGCACGAAGAUACAGAACCCCCUCUCCAGAUCGUUCUCCUGUGAGGUCCUAUCGUUAUGGUGGCAGAAUUGAUCGUGAGAGGUAUUCAAGUUACAGGAGGUAUUCACCUAGGCGUUAUCGAAGCCCACCAAGAGGAAGAACUCCACCAAGGAAUAGAGGCAGAAGAAGCCGGACACGAAGUCCAUCCAUAUCACGUAGCCCUCGGUACCGUAAUCGUCAUUAUAGUCGUAGCCACAGCCAUAGCCCUAGUCGCAGUCGAAGCCCUAUUCGCAGCCGCUCUCCAGUUGAUGUGUCUAGAUCUCGCGUGUCUCCAAGGGCUGGGAGGCGAAGGUCCCCUUCUCAGAGUAGGAGCCAAUCAGAAUCGAGGUCCUCGUUGGACUCUCAGUCUCCAAAGCAGGCAAGCAAAGCAAGUUCAAGGUCAUCUUCUGGAAGUCCAGAUGGUAAAAAGGGCCUGGUCUCUUAUGAUGAUGGUUCACCUGACUCGGGAAGGUGAAUUAGGUAAAAGGUUUGGGGAGAUUUUGAUAUUUAGUCUUUGAUGGGUCCGUGUUCUCUUGAUGAACUGGAUUCUGCAGUUUUUACCAUGUUGUUUCUACUUUGUUGUUGCCAGAGGUUGUGGUUAAUUAAAUAUCUGAUUUUAGUAUUUGUCAUUCAGGUUCUUCUUGGCCUGUUUUUAGGAUAUUUUAUAAAUAAUGGAGAGUAUGUGGAUCAUAUUAGGGGUAGGAAUCUUGUUACAUUGUUAGUGCAGUAUCCCUAAGAAUCUUCUGUAGUACUAUGAGUCAGGCAAUAUGAUAUAGAUGCAUCUAAUGUGUCAGAAAAUUUUCCUACAAAA